CCGGUGCAGUUUUGCCUCAUAUUCCACAUCUCCAGCUUUGUUGCCGGGCCCCCCGGAUUCGCCUGUCACGCGCUGAGGUUUUGCCCUCGACCCCGCCAUGUCAGCGCCCCGAAGUCUCGUCCGAAGCUGGCAGCACCUUCGAUCCUACUCUCUCCAGUCUCUUACACGCUCAACCCGACCCGUGUUCUCGUCGUCAUGUAGCGGCAUCCUAAAGCCGAGUCCGUCAUUCAUCUGGAAUCCUCGCGCACCCCCCUCGUCGGCCCUGGUGCGACAAUUCAGCGCCUCUGCAACGCGCCGACACGGGCAUAUAACACCACCAAAACCCGGCGAAGCGCUGUCCAUAACGUUCGUCGACAAGGAGCAGAGGGAGCACGAGUUCGCCGUGUCGGCGGGCGACAACCUGCUGGACAUCGCGCAGGCGAACGACCUCGAGAUGGAGGGCGCGUGCGGCGGGUCGUGCGCGUGCUCGACGUGCCACGUCAUCGUCGACGACGCCUACUACGACAAGAUCCCCGAGCCCAGCGACGACGAGAACGACAUGCUCGACCUCGCCUUCGGCCUCACCGAGACCAGCCGCCUCGGCUGCCAGGUCCUCAUGACCAAGGAGCUCGACGGCAUCCGCGUCCGCCUCCCCUCCAUGACCCGCAACCUCCAAGCGAGCGACUUCAACAGCUGAGCAUACCCAUCCUACCUUAAAUCCAAGUGCGGCUUGCGUGGGCGUCGAGCAGGGGGGAAGGGGAGAAUACCCAAAAAGGACAGCGGCGAAAGGGGCAUUUAUGUGAUAGAUCAUCGGAUGGAUUGUACCAAUGUAGCCCGCAGCUAUGCCUGCAGACGCUUGAAGAGAGGGCGGCAGCGCCGAAAACGCGGGGUGUGAUCUUGGGAGAGGGUUUAGUUUCUAAGUAGGACUACAGCCC